AUGUCGUUCGCAAAAUCUUCUCUCACCUCGAAGGAGUUCUCGUUCAUGAAUACGACUGCUCCAUCCAAAGAUAGAAAGUUGCCCUUCCUUCCCGGUUUUACGUUUGAUGAUAAGUUUGUUAAGGAGAGACACCACAAAUCACAAUUACUUGCUUAUAAGAAUCACAUUCCGGUGGUCCAUGACUAUGACGUACCUGUUGAGGUUGAUGAAUUGCAGACCGAGACAGAAAAACUUGCCGACAUGUUGAGAAGUACGACUCAACUCUACAAAUCAACCACUAUUAACGAAACAAAGCAAAAAGAGAACUGGCUUUCUCUUGAGAAGAAGGUUCUCAGAUUCUACGCCUAUUUCAAAGAAGGAGUUCAUGAAAGCCCUGUAGAACAAAGCAGAGUCAGAAAAUGUGUCAUUUUCUACUAUCUAGAAGAUGACACCAUGCACAUAAGUGAACCAAAACAAGACAAUUCUGGUAUUCCACAAGGUACUCUUGUAAAAAGACAUCGAAUUCCAAGAGAUAGAAUGCAAGGAAGUUCCAAUGUGUAUUACACCAUUGACGAUCUCAACAUUGGAAGGGAAAUUACAGUGUAUGGAAAGACCUUUAGAAUUGUUGAUUGUGAUGCUUUCACCAGGGAGUUUUUCAACGGAAUUGGUGUUGAGGUUCCCGAACCAGAAUCCUAUCCAGGAGAUCAGUACACUGAAAAACGAGAGAACAUUCAAAAGAGUAUGAACCCAUACAAGACUUUGUCUCCCAUGGAUCAAGACCUUAAGAAGUAUAUGGAAUACUCCUUUAAGGGUAAGAGAACGAACCCAUCCAAGCAAGAAAAGGUUGCCGUUCAAAAGUUCCUUGCUUUUGACAGACAAGUUCUUCGCUUCUUCUGUGCUUGGGAUGACACUGAGAAGUUGUAUGGUGACAAGAGAUUCUUUGUAUUGGAAUACUACUUGUCAGAUGACACUAUGAAAAUUUCAGAAGUGUUUUCUGCAAAUUCUGGUUAUGACCCAUUCCCAGUCUUUUUGAAGAGACAAAAAGUACCAAGAAUCAAGAAUUCUGCAAAUGAACCAACUACGUACUAUGAUGAAACAGACCUAGGUAUUGGAAAGAGAGUUGUAGUGUUCUCCAAGAACUUCCUCUUGUACGACUGUGACCCAUUCACGAGAGAAUUUUAUGCAAAGAAGUAUGGUAUUACAGAUAUGACACCCAUUGAAGUCAAGGACUCUCCAAAAACUGAAAUACAAUAUGAAGAGCCCCCCUACAAUGGAUUUGGUGAUGAAGAAGAUUCAUUGGGCUCUUGGAAAUAUCUUGUCAUUAAGCCUCCAAAGAAGGACGUCAAGAAGUACAUUGAAAAUGACCACAAACUAUUUAGAUAUUCAGCUGUGAUGGUGACAGAUAAACCGGAGGACAAGGGACGAAAAUUCAUCUUGUCCUACUACCUCUCUGACGAUACCAUCUCUGUGUUUGAACCUGUACAAAGAAACAGCGGUGUCAUUGGUGGAAAGUUUUUGCAACGAUCUCGUGUCAAGAAUGAAAGAGGUGAAUACUACAAGGCCAACGAAACAUUUAUUGGUGCCACGUUGAACAUUAACAACUACAUGUUUUAUUUGGAAGAGACCGAUGAGUAUACAGUGAACUACAUGGAACAACAUGCAGAGCAAUUCCCUAAGGCCAAUAUCGAAAUGAUUUUGAACAGAAUUAGAAAACAUGUUCAAGAUUCAUCCUUAGAAUAUAAAUUGAGAGACGCAAUGGGAAGUGCUCAACGUGGAUCACGAAUUGAAAUGGACGAGUUGCGUCAACUCUUGCAAAGUAUGGGUCUGGAUUUGGUAGAACAUGAACUGAUCACAGUUUUGAGACAUUUCAAAGCUAAUCAAGAUGGAACUAUUGAUUUGAGUGAAUUCAUUACUGCAAUUACCUCUGGACCCGUCAGCACAAAGAAGGAACACACUGUACAACCUCAAAAGCAAAAGGAUACUGUCUCGUUUAAUAACGCUUACAAGGUUUUCAACGAAAAGAUUUCCACAAGAAGAUUGCUCGUUCAGGACACUUUCAAGGUCAUGUCUGACAAGAGCGUAGACGGUUUAAUCGGAGAGUCAGAGUUUAAGAAAGCUGUUCAAGAUCAUCUCAAGCUCAACUUGACCAAUGAUCAAGUGUCUUCGUUGGUAGAUCAUUUCUUCCCUGAGACCAAGAAACGAUUAACCCUUAUUGAGUUUAUGAAAAUUAUUGAAGGAACAUCCACCUAUUUGUAUUUAAAGAACAAUAAGUAA